CUCCACUCCAGUACCUUUCCCCGAGUCCCAGAAACCUUUGCUCUUUGUUGGCUCAUAACUUUCGGGUAUCCAAACCAUUAUUCAUUGCCCUUAAAAAUUCGGACCUAAGUCAUUCCAACUGGCUUUACCUUCUUCAUCUCGCAUAAUCAAAACUGUACUGUCAAUGACCGACCUAAAGUUCCAAAACAUUACAAAUCUCCUCGAUCAUCGCACUCCAUAUCGUUUUCAUAGAAAAGAAAACACUUUUCGUCAUAAACUCAAUGAACUCUGUAGUGUUGUGGUUAAUUCUGUUUAUUGUUUACGCACUAUACCACUAUGCCAUCGUCUUGCAUUCGGAGUGAUGUAAUGAUGCCUACGCAUGCCUCAUCCCCCCUGACUGACACAAUGCAUAUAGGCCAUGUAAUGUGGCUCUUGUAACCGAGGGGGACUCCCCUCGAACUCGUUUGAAUUCCCGAAAUUUUGAAAGCCCUCUUCCCAAUUUCCGAGGUGAUAUCGAGUGGACAUAUUGUACGCACUGCACGCGCUGCACGCGCUCUCUCUCACACUUGUCCCGAAACUUACAAGGGCCUGUUACAGCUUUUUACAUGGAUGGAGGCUUGAAAUUUUCGGCGUGAUAUUGGAAGAUAGGAAGGAGGAGUAGCUGGCGAUGUUCAGACUGGUGGAGUGUUGUGUGGUGCAUAGUGCGUAUCACUACGCCUGGAACAGUGCGUGCCUGUGGAGGAGGGGUAUAAUUAUACUAUGAUGCGAAACGACUUCUUUAUUCCGUGUGGAUUUGAUAUAGUGCGUAGAGAGAGAGUUCUAUGGUUCUAUGUAAGAUAUUGUAAUGCAGAGGAAGUUCCCCUUACCGCUAUGUAAUGUAUUUUUUCGGGAAUAGCCUUGAAUGGAGUCCCCAUGAGCGGAAUUCCCGAAAUGAUUUUUAAAGUCUUGGUUUUUUCUGGAAGAGAAUAUUUCCAAAAAAUUAUUUCCAAAUCUUGGACAGUUCAAGUAGAAUUUCCGUAGAUUCAUGCGUUAAUCAGUUAGUUUUGAUCCGCCAUUCGGUCAGGUUUUUGGUUCUAAAUUUGGAGGUCGAGAAAGGAAGAGUUAAGGACAAAGUGGCGGAAAGGACUCAAUCUUGUCUAUUUUUUUGUUCCUUUAUUAAGUUAUCUUAUUCGAACAUGAAAUUUUCCAGAAAUUCAUAGUGUUUUAGCCCAAAUGAAGUUCCUUGACCGUAACAUGAGACUUUUUGACUAGAAACGUUAAAACUUUUCCGUGAAGUGAAUAUUAGUUACUAAGGACCAAAAAUUGACGCGUAAUUUUGUAUCAAGGUCUUUGUUCCUUCCUAAGUUUUCCGUGUCAAUUUUCCUAUAAAUUCUGUGUCAAUUUACUAAGAAAAACGGAUUACCUUCCAUUUAUACAAAUAUUAUGAGCAGCGGAGGGUCGAAUGCGUGGAAUAAGCCAAAUUGGAUUAAAGAUAUCCUUUCCAAAUCGGGAACGGACAUUGUUGAAGUCAAGGAGGAGAAAUCUAAAGAUAUUCGUAAGAUGGUCUAUUAUCCAUCAUUACCGCUGAUUAUGAAAUCAGAAAAUAAACAACAACAGCUACUAUGCUCACCACUAGGAUCGGAAUCGCAAUCGUAUCAAACGGCGGUUUCCUUGCAUCCAGCUUCACAACAUCAGCAACAAUUGCAACAUCCAACAAUUGGCAAUAAUAUUAUGUUAACAAAUCAAUCAUCAUCGUCACUGUCGCCUUUGUCGUCAUCUGGAACGUCCGCCACCACAUCUGGACCGACGACAACAUUUUUAAUAUCACAAAACCAAAGUUUUCUUCAUAAUAUUAAGAUUGAACUUCCUGACCAGCCGCAUCAUCCACUCCAGCAUUCGCAACAGCUCCAACAGCAUCCCCACCUCCAGGCCCAUUUGCAACAGCAACAACAACCACAGCAUCAGCAAAAUGGAAGUGGAAAUAGCCGUAUGGAGCCGGUAAAUCAAAAAGUCCUUUAUAAGUGCGAGCAAUGCAAUAUGACUUUUGGAAGCAAGAGUGCACACACGAGUCAUAUGAAAUCCCAUGUGAAAAAUGAGGGUAACUAUCAGCUGGCAGCCGCCAAUGCAUCACUAGCGGCAGGACAAGUGAAUCCGAGUAGUCGGAAUGGUGGUCAAUCGGCAACACCCACUCAGGGAAGUCCCGCGACUGGUUCUGAUCCAUAUCAGUGCAAUGUUUGCAAGAAGACAUUCGCUGUGCCUGCAAGACUGAUUCGACAUUAUCGCACUCAUACGGGCGAGAGACCCUUUGAAUGUGAAUUCUGUCAUAAGAUGUUUAGCGUUAAGGAGAAUCUUCAAGUACAUCGUCGUAUUCAUACCAAGGAACGGCCAUAUAAAUGCGAAGUUUGCGGGCGAGCAUUCGAACAUAGUGGCAAAUUGCAUCGGCACAUGCGAAUCCAUACUGGAGAGCGUCCGCAUAAGUGCUCGGUGUGCAACAAAACCUUCAUUCAGUCCGGUCAAUUGGUGAUACAUAUGAGAACGCAUACUGGCGAAAAACCCUACAAAUGUCCUGUUGAGGGAUGUGGAAAAGGAUUCACAUGCUCGAAACAGCUCAAAGUCCAUUCCCGAACGCACACCGGAGAGAAGCCUUAUCACUGCGAUAUCUGUUUCCGUGACUUUGGCUACAAUCACGUGUUGAAACUGCAUCGAGUGCAACACUAUGGAUCGAAAUGCUACAAGUGUACAAUUUGCGAUGAAACAUUCAAAAGCAAGAAAGAAAUGGAAGCUCAUAUCAAAGGACAUGCAAAUGAGAUGCCGGACGACGAAGAGGAACAGCAACAGCAACCUGGUCAAUCAUCACCGAAUCACAAACAAGAACCAAUUAGCAAUGGUCAUGUUAAUGGCCAACCAUCCCAGCCAGCAGCACAACGUUCGCCAUCCCGACAAAAACCUCAACGACAGCAGCAACAACCACGAUUACUUCGACGAGAGUCCCUGCCAGAUUCGGAACGUAGUCACGAUAGUUCGGCAGCAUCAACUGCAGGUAGUAUUCAAAUGGAGACACCUAUCGACACAAGCUCUGAGGCGAAUUCCGAAAGCGAGGACAACGUCAAUGGCAAUAGUUUAUACAAUAAUAGUAAUAUGUAUCAAAGACUGGAACAAUCGGGAAUAUCAUUCUCAUUGAAUGCACCACGUCCCACUAUAAAUCCUGCUCUCCUGGCUGCCGCAUCGAUAGCUAGUAGACGAGUCGAUGCGGAGGCUAAUAGCAAUGCAUCACCGAUUACGGCUGGAACACCGAUACCACCACAUAUUAUUGAUGAGAUGGACACGAAUGCAUCGAGUGAAAUGUUGGAUUAUUAUCAGAAAUCUUUGGAUGCUGUCAGUAUUGGAAGUAGUCAACCGAUGUCGGUGCCUAGAAGUUCACCUAUGCCGAUAACAUAUGAGCCGUUGGCGGUCAUGAAGCAGAAUGGAUACUUUGCACCAGCUCCUGUGCCGGAAUUUAAACCAUCAUUACGAUCCGCCAAUGAAAUUGUCCGUCGUGUCGAAGCUGCUAUAGCUGGAGCUGAGCCAUUACUUACCGCAUCUCGUUCACCAUCUGCAGGAUCACCAGACAGAUCAUCAUCACCAGAGAGCGAUUCAAUGAUAGUAGCCGAUCGUGAUGUUAUGACACUGCCGUUGCGUAAGCGCAAACUAUAUAUGAGUGACAAUCAAUCGCAGGACGUAUCACCAGUUAUGCGGAUGAGUUCCGUCAUACAAUUCGCCAAAGCAUCGUAAGAUCCUUCGGAAGGAUGCCAAUUUCAUGGAAUCACAAAUGUCUAUCUUGAAUAUCGAUUGCAGUACGAAAUAGGAAUUUCGGGUACUAAAAUCAAAAAUCAGAUAAUAUGCUUCCAAAAAAAUAAAACAGAUGAAAUGCGAAAAAUAAUUUGCACCGUGUGUCAUUCGCAAAGGAUCCAGAGACACACAGAUUUUUACAAGACUUGUAUUAGGAUAUAAAUUAUUUAUAAAAUUUAUAUUUAACUGUAAAGGAAACUUAAAACACACUAAAGAUUUUUAUAUAGCGGUGUAAGCAAUAAUUUUUAAGAUAUAUUCGAAGAGGAUCAAACAAAAAAUAAAAGAAAAUUUACUACUUAACGCGAAACUAUGGAAAAAUCAGUUUUUCUUUUUAAAAAAAUUAAGUAUCUUGAAACAACCAAAUAAAUGCCAUACUUUGUAGAAUAUUAGAAGCUUAAGAUUGAGGGAAAAUCGAUAAUUUUAGAUGUUGGUGGAGAGAAAACUUUUAUGAUGACUAUCAUAGGAAAAGGGAAAACAAUUUUUGUUGACUGAACCGAGUUUGUGACCGCCCGCCUGGCGAAAUAUUGUCUAGUUAACAGGAUCCGAGUAAUUUAGAAAGGAAAUGCACAAAAUCCAUAGCACCCUGGUGGUGUUUUUUGUUCAUUAUUAAUUACGGAUUCAUUGAAAAGUUAAAGCCAAUCUAUUACUAAAGUAUUUUUCCUUUUGUUUCUAAUUUUUGAAAUUAAAAAUUUAAUAAUUUUCACCUUCAAUUAAAUCGCAACGAGAAGUAGAUCCCGAUUAAACUACCAAAUGAAUAAUACAACAAUCUUUUAUUGUUUUGUUUCUCGUAGAAAAUAUAAAAAUAAAAUUCAAAGACUGUCUCAGGAAAAAAUGGCCCGAUUAUAUUUCUAAAUGAAUGAAUAAAUGAAAAUAAGUAGAUAAGUAAGAGAAAUGAUGCUUGUUAUCGCGGAGAAAAGUACAGAGAAUGAGAGAAUAUUAAGUAUCCUUCGUAUCACUAUUGAAAUAAUCAAUUAUUACUAAUUAUAGUGCUAUUAAUUUUAUUACUUUUGUUAUUACUACGCAUUAGUUAUUAUUGUCCUAUUGUAUUAUUAUUGAAUAUUUGUAUUUUUAACUAUACCAAGUAAAGGAGUAAUCAUUAAGAAUAACACAAAAAGUGAUUGAAUGCAGAAGCAAAACAAAAGAUUAAAAAAAAAAAAUAAUAAUAAUAACAAAGUAAAAUUAUUGGAGUUGAAAUUUGCUUUUAUUUUCUUGGUUCUAAACAAGGUGUUGAUGUUUCUUUGAUUUAGUGAAAAUUUUUCUUCGGAAUUUUGGUUAUAGCGGACUUUUGUUUCGUUUUCUUGUUUCUGUUUCUUAGUUUUUAGCCUUAUAAUGACUGUGGUGUUAUUAAGUGACGAAGAUAAGUAAGUUGAAAAAUUGAAACAAAUCAAAUAUGAGUACAAAAAAUCUGCAAAUCCACUCAAAAGUUCUGUGUAGUCCAUCAUUUUAGCUUAAUUCAAUUUUGGGGCUUUGUUUACUGCUUCAGUUUAGGUAAUGCAUUUAUCCUUUUUGUAGCUCUUCCCUACUUUUUUCGUGAAUUAUAACAAAAUCAAGAGAGAUCCUACUUUUUUGACCCCCUUUAUCAGCCGAUGGUAGAUUUGUCUGUCUGAUAUUGAUUAGGUCCUUUGUCAGAUGAUAUCAAGGGAAGGGCCUGACGAUCUGAUUUUAUUGCAUUUUUCCCCAAUUUUUUCCUUGCCAAAAUCCAAUUAUACUUUUUUAAAUCUUAACGAUACUCCGGGAUCUUAGAUCAACGAAUUCCAAUUAAUAGAAAUCCAUCUCAUGGUAUGCAGUGAAUUGUUACAAAAGAUUUGUACUCACAAUAAUAUAUUUUUAAAUUAAUAAAAUAAAAAAUAAACAUCAAACUGUUCCAGAUGCGUGCAAAGAAGAAACUGGCGUAAGAAAAGUUUUUAUAAAAAAAAAUUCUUUAAUAAUUCAAAUUAAACUUAGGUACGAUACCAUAAGGAGAGAAUGCAAAGAUAGUUUAAGAUUAAAUUUAGCUAAAUUAAGCAAAACACUAAGAUCAAACUUCAUAUUAUUUAUAUAACGAAUAUUCAGCAGAAGUGUGACAAACAAAAAUGAAAGAGGAAAAAAAAAGAUAAUAUUUCGAUAAUUUUUACUGACUUUAUAUAAAUAGUUCUAGGCGUGAAUCAGAACCGAAUCGUAAAGUUUGCUGGACCUUUUGUAAAUAAGAUAAAAAAUCCAAGACCGUUAGCCGUUAACUAACUAAAACAAUAAACCAAAAAAAAGUAUAUAAGAUAUCGAAUAGAUAUUAGAACGACUGCAAAAAAUAUAUAAAGUUUAAGACUGGUUUUUAUAGCGUUGAUAUCACAAAACUACUAAACUCUACACACCUACCGAGAGAUUUAAAAAAAAAAUAAAUAAAAAUAUCUGAACUGAGGACAAAAGGGCCAAAAAAGAUUUCAUGCAUAGACCUCUCUGCAAGCGGAAUUGUGAAUUGAAUUUUUUCAAGGAUAGAAGAAUGAAAAAGAAUUAGGUUUCCAUUUUUCGAUUGAUAAAUUGCAAAAUUGCAAACGGAUAAUGAUAUAUCGAUGUGGAUAUGGUUUUAUAAUUGUUAAUGCUAGAAGUGUCCCAAUUAGUAUUUGCUUCUUUUGAGGAAAUGAUUUUUUUUUUGUUGGAAAAUAGCAGUGCAGCGAUUGUUUUAAUAUGAAAAAGCUCAAAUAUUCAGUGCGGAACAAAAAAAUGAGAAAGAUAUCAAUGAAAACAUCUUGGUUUUUAGUUAUAGGACCUGAAGGCAUUAGCUUCAGGCAUGGAAACAAGAGUCAAUAACAAUAAUCUCACAAAUUAUUAUGUCGAAUAUUUUUUUUUCUUUCUGUAAUAGUUAACAUUACCCACACACAUACAGUACUUCAUAAAAUAUACAUAGAACAGCAUUCAAUGAUGUAUCUUAAUAAUAUGUGAAUAUCCAAAUAAGGCAAUAAUAUAUUUAUUAUUUUGGAGUGAAUAUUAUGCA